UUAUGACUUAGACUGACUGAUUCCUCUUUGAGGAGCAAUUCCCAAUAAUAGUAUUCCCUAUUUGCCCAAAUUACAAAUCUGCUCUUUCUCUGUCUUUUCACUCUGACUCACUCUCAGACUCUGUGUGACCUUCUCUAGAGAGAGAAACUCUAACCUAGAGAGACAUUCAACCACAAAUCAUCAAAUUAUUAUGGGAAAAUCUUCUUCUUCCUGUUUAAAGAUCAUUGUUUGUGGUAGUGAUUCUGCUGAAAAUGAUGAUGAAAUUCAUACUUCUGAGGCUAAGACGCCAAAUGAUAAACGCGGGUGGAGUUUCAGGAAAAGAUCUGGGAGGCAUCGGGUUCUUGGCAACAAUGUCAGUUCAGAAACUACCACUUCUACCGGUAAAGAGACCCCACUAGGCGGUGAUACUGAAUUCCAAGCUCCAGUUAAGUCUAUAUGUGUCGAUGAGAAGCCACAACUGCCUAAACCUGUUGACGAUAUUAGUAAACCCGUCGACAAAAUUAGUAAACCUGUCGAUGAAAUUAGUAAACCUGUCGAUGAAAUUCGUAAACCUGUCAAUGUAACUGAAAAUCGUAGUGAACCAAAGACAUCUGUGCUGGUGGUCACUUCAGAAAAUGGUGCACGUGCUGAAUCGAAAGUUAGUCUGGAUGAGGUUGGUUUAGAAAGAAUUAACAGUAAAACAUCAGCUGAUUGCAAAACGGUUGAGCCGGUUGUUUCUGAAGCUGACAGCAACGAAACGUCAGAUGAUUCAAGUAUCGCCAACGAAUCAUUUAUUUCAAACGACGAAAGCGUCCCGACAACCCAACAAACUAAGGAUUCCAUGUCGGGAUUGGCUUCCGUAGAUGGUUGUGAUGCUGGUGAUAUUAUGGAUGAAACCAUUGCUGUUAUAAUUCAAACAGCUAUGAGAGGCUUCCUGGCUCGGAGAAAAUUUUCGCAAUUAAAGAGUGUCGUUAAAGUUCAAGCAGUUGUUCGUGGGCAUUUAGUGCGAAGACAUGCAAUUGCAACUCUGCAUUGUAUCAGGGCCAUUGUCAAGGUUCAGGCCCUAGUUCGCGCUCGCAAUUCCAAGUGCUUGGACCGGAAAAAUAUACCAAAUGACGCUCAAUUUUCCACUGUUAAGCUGUUUCAAAAUAGUUUUACACGCCAGUUGUUGGAGUCUAUGCCAAGACCUAAAUCUCUAAAUAUUCGAUGUGAUCCUAUGAAACCCGAUUCAGCCUGGAGUUGGUUGGAAAGAUGGAUGGCCGUGUCAACAUCUGAAGCUGUCAAAAACUCCGAGCCUUGCGUGGAACCAGAGACCAAAGAUGAGGUUCAGGUAAUUGCACUUAAAGAAGAUGCUGGGUUUUCCUCGGUGGUUCUUUCCGAGUCAAAAAAUUCAAUGUUAAGUACAAUGGGAGGUGCAAAGUUGAUGGAAAACGAUGAACACCACAUUACCGAUGAGAUUCUUACCCCUGAUGUUGGGUCAAGCACUCAUCUUCAAGAGCAAGAAAUAGGAAACGGGGACCUAGCUUUUGUGAAGAUCGAGGAAAUCAUCACCGAUGAGAUUCGCACCACGGAUGGUGGGUUAAGUAUUUCGUUUGAAAACGACGUAAGCGAGCAAAGUCUUCUUCAAGAGCAAGAAAUAGGUAACAAGGACAUUGGUUAUGAAAAGACCGAGACUUUUGUGUUUGAAGCUUCUCACACCCAAGCCGAGCCAUUAUUGCCUGAAGGUAAACCCGCUUCGUUGAUCGCAGAAACCCAACAACCCAAACUUUCGACAAAGUGUUCAGCAACAUCAGACUUGAAUGGUGAAGGGAAAAAGUUUUCGUAUGGAUCACGGAAGGCGAGUAAUCCUGCAUUCAUCGCUGCUCAAUCAAAAUUUGAAGAACUGACUUCAGCUGCAAAUACGGAACGAGCAAAUAGUUCUUCCCUUUUAGACGUUGAAGUUGAAUCUCCUGAAGAAAGUGUCAAGAAAACCGAUAAACCUGGUGAUAUGGAAAUGUCUGGUACUUCUGAUCCGCGGAUUCAUGUGGCUGGAUCUGAAUGUGGGACCGAACUCUCAAUUUCUUCCACUCUCGAUUCACCCGAUAGAUCUGAUAUAGAGAAUGCAGAACUUGUGCCGAAAGCGCAGAUCUUGGAUGAUUUACCUUGUCAACCUGAUGUUGGAGUGAAGUUGGAUCGUGAAGAUAUCGACAUAUCAGGCAGUUCUAUGACUGAUAUACAGUCUGUCACAUUUCAGCAGCAAGAGGUCCAUGGAGUCGAUAAUUUAUCUGUUGAUCCGGUUUCAACUGAGAUCAGCCCUGGGGCGGAGCACAAAGUUGAGUCGAAGGAAUCUGACGUGCAAACUGAUUUUGCCCCGGAAUGUUCUGUGACCAAAGUGGACUCAACUGUGGCUGUAGACCCGAAUCAUCAAGAACACGGAUCAGCUGUCGAUCGCCCAGCAUACAAACCCUCACCUGAGGCCUCACCCAUAAGCCAUAGGUCCGUCCCGGAAUCUCAAGGAACACCUUCUAGUCAAGUAUCAGUAAAGGGUAAAAGGAAUAAGGCUGAUAAACAUGGAUCUAACAGAAAGCGCAAUUCCCCAUCUUCAGAAAAGAAGUCACUGUCAAACCCGAAUACUGACUCGGGCGCAAGAACUAGUACCGAGCAUUUGCCCAAGGAUCAUAAAAGUGGGAAGAGAAGGAAUUCUUUCGGGUCGACAAAAACCGACAAUGCAGGUCAGGAGCCUGGAGAUAAUAGUAGUCGUAGCUCUCUUCCUAGCUAUAUGCAAGCCACAGAAUCCGCCAGAGCCAAGGCAAGUUCCCCUCGAUCAAGCCCAGAUGUGCACGAUAAAGAGAUUUAUUCCAAGAAGAGGCAUUCACUCCCGGGUGCAACUGGGAGGCACGGUUCUCCUCAUGUUCAACAAUCAACAUCCCAAUCAACACAAGGCGCAAAAGGAAACGGCUCCAAUCCUUCAAACGAGAGGAAAUGGCUAAGAUGAAAAGACGUUGCAAAGAUAGAUAAUUUGUCCUUGCUACUGCUGAGUCCUUACGGAUGCGUCGAGAAGUCAAGAACAGUCCAUUGGUGUAACCGAGUUCAAUAUGCAAGAAACACCGUCAUUUGCACUUAACCUUUCGCCUUUUCGCCUAGAUCAUUCAAUUAAGCGUGAGUUUGGUUUGUCGAAUAUACAUGAGUAUAUGAUAUCUAAUUCUUUUGAAUGUACAUUAUAGUCACAUAAUUUUCAUCCAACUGAGUUUUAACUUCGACAUUUCGAUAUUAAGGUGUGCACAUGUUUGUACGACUUUGUCUUCUUCUAUGUAAGGGGUUAUGCUUCAAUCUUCA